CCAAACCUCGGUCUCUCGGGCUUGCACUCUCUCUGCCCCCCAACCUCCGAGGCGUCCGCCCCCUCGCCGCCGAUCACCGGAGCUUCGCCGAGAUCGAAGCCCCCCGCCGAGAUAUCCGACCGACCAGCUCGAUCUCCGCCCCGAUCCGCCGUCGCCUCCCCCACAGACCAUGGACGAGUUCCCUGGCCUCCUGGCCCGGGACUUCGGCUUCCGGCCCCAGGGCAAGAACGCCCCCAUGGCCGCCUCCAAGGCCGCUUCCGUCGGAGGCGUCAAUCUUGGGACUGGAUCCGCCCGAUCCUCCCCCGCCUCCACCUCCUGGAACAAGUCAAGAUCCGGCUGGAAUUCCACCGGCGAUUCCCUCCUUGGGGAUCACGGCGUCGAAAUCUCGGAGAACCGGAGCUCUCCGGCCUACGACGACGUCUUCGGUGGCCCCCCCAGUCAGUCGAACUCCACCUCCCAUGGCCGCUCGGGCUCCGCUACCUCCCCUCCUUCUUUUGACUCCAUUUUCGAGGGUUUCAAGGAUUCCGGGGCGAAGCCGGUGACGUCGUCGUCCUUGCCCGUAUAUGAUAAGCCCGUCUAUGAUGAUGAUAUUUUUGAUGGGGUUCCGGGCAUAAAGAGCUCGUCGAUCAAGUAUGAUGAUGUCUUCACCUCGAUGUCGGCCGGAUCCAAUCACGUCUCCUCACCUCCGUAUGAUGAUCUUCUUGAGAAUCUCGGGAAGGCAAUGCCGGAGUCAAAGGGUGCGGGUGAUAAGAGACCCGGGGAGCAGAAGGACCAGGACUUCUCUGGAUUUGAGGAGCUGAUACCUGGAUUCGGUGGGAGCAGUCCUCCGCAUAAAAGGGAGAUUCCAGUGACUAACCAACAAAAAGCUAAACCAACUGCCAGUACUUCAGAAGAUCCUUUUGUUGUUUUGGAAACGACAUCAACCUCAGCAUAUUCAUCAUCUGGGUUGUUCAAUGACCCUUUGGAACAUAUUAGUAGGACUACCAAUUCUGGAAGCACAAAAACUGGAUCUUCUUCUGUUAGAGGGUCGAUAUUCGAUGAUGCUAAUGUGUUUAAUGGCUUCUCAAAUUCAGUGCCUUCAUAUACAAGUGAGAUGAAUGACAACCAGGAUGAGAACCCCCAAAAUAACGUCCAGGGUACGAGCCCUGGGCAUCAUUUUGGAAAAGAACCACCUCAACGAUCUUCAAUGGAGGCUUCUGAAAAUAUCACUCCUAAAAUGCAACCAAGUAAAUCAGAUACAUAUGGAAGAAAUGCCAUGGCAGAUCAAUCUCCAAAAUCUCAUGACCAUUUGGAGAGAACAGGUGACCAAUGGCUUACUGUUAAUGAAAUUCCUCUCUCUACACAACCUACAACUGCUCCGCCACCUUUGAGACCUCCUCCUCCACUUGUCAUCAAACAAGCGCCCUUUGAAGCAAAUACCAAAAGAAGGGAAAAUGAACCUUUUUCACAGCCUAGUCAAAACUAUUCUUAUCCUAAAGAUUCAGUGAAGAAAUCUAGUGUAUCUCCAAUAGAUGAAUUAGAAGAUUUUGCCAUGGGAAAGCCUCAAACAUAUGCUUAUGAUCAUGAAGAAGUAUUCACCAAUGAAGGGGAAAUUGAGACGAAUUCAGCUGCAGCAGCAUCUGCAGCUGCUAUGAAGGAGGCUAUGGAUAGAGCUGAGGCGAAGAUUAAACAUGCUAGGGAGGUAAGGGGGAGAGAACGAGCACAGCAAGAAAGAGAUGGAAAAGCCAAGUCAGAUGCUCAGGAUAUAGAAGAUAAAGAGAAACAAGAAAGACUAGAUCGUGAAAGGGAACAGAAGGAAAGGGACGAGAAGGAGAAGGAGCAAAAGAGACUUGAAAGGGAGAGAGAACUAGAACUUGAGAGGGAAAGGGAAAGAGCAAGGCAAGCUGUGGGAAGGGCUACAAGAGAAGCACGGGAAAGAGCAGCUGCUGAAGCCCGUGCGAAAGCUGAGAGGGCCGCUUAUGAGAAGGCAGCAGCUGAAGCACGUCAGCGUGCUGAGAGAGCUGCAGUACAGAGGGCAGCGGCUGAAGCACGUGAAAGAGCUGCAGCAGAGGCAAGGCAAAGAGCUGAGAGGGCAGCUGCAGAAGCCAGGGAAAAGGCUGCUACAGCAAAGGAGAGGGGUGCUGCAGAAUCUAGAGAGAAGGCUGCAGCUGAAAGGGCUGCUGUGGAGAGAGCUGCAGCAGAAGCACGGAUGAGAGCUGAAAGAGUAGCAGUAGAUAGAGCUAAUGCUGAAGCUCGUGAAAGGGCUGCUGCUGCUGCCAGAGGAAAGCAGAACAAGACCGAAAAUGAUCUUGAGUCAUUCUUUAGUAUGGGUGCUCGAGCAAAUAGUGCACCAAAACAAAGGGCUACUUCCGCGGCGACUAUGUUUGACACUCAAGCUCAAGGCAGGGGCAGUUCUGAUGCAUCUUGGAGGACAUCUUCUGGUUCUUCAUCCACCAUGAAAAAGGCAUCAUCUACAACAAAUAUUGCAGAUGACUUGAGUUCCAUUUUUGGAGCUCCUUCAUCAUCUGGAGAAUUUCAAGAUAUUGAGGGAGAGAGCGAAGAAAGAAGAAAAGCUAGAUUUGAAAGACAUCAAAGAACACUUGAGCGUGCGGCAAAAGCUCUGGCCGAGAAGAACGAGCGUGAUUUGCAAACUCAGAGGGAUCAGGCAGAGAGACAUAGGAUCGCUGAAACACUGGAUGCUGAGAUAAAACGGUGGGCAGCAGGGAAAGAAGCCAACUUACGUGCCUUACUAUCCACAUUGCAAUAUGUGCUUUGGCCUGAAUGUGGCUGGCAGCCUGUAUCUCUGACUGAUUUAAUUACUGCUGCUGCGGUGAAAAAGGUUUAUAGGAAAGCAACCUUAUGCAUACAUCCUGAUAAGGUGCAGCAAAAGGGUGCAAAUCUUCAACAAAAGUAUAUUGCUGAGAAGGUUUUUGAUCUCCUAAAGGAAGCUUGGAACAAAUUCAACUCUGAAGAGCUCUUUUAAGAUUCUUAUGGGACGGCUUUGUUUUCUUGCACGAGCUAUCGGGGAGGGUCUGCGAGUACUCAGCUUCAGAAAAGCUUUGUUAUGUCUAUUAUUUUUUAUUUUUUUUGUUUCCAUAUGUGUUGAUCAUUCAAUGUUGCUUCUUGACUACAUGCUGCCUUAAGAAAAGGGAUUGUUUCUUUAUGACUGCUGGAAAUAUAUCUUGCUUUGAUCCAGUGUCAAGAGUAUCUGAGGCGACUUCUUUGUGCUUUUUUACCUUCUCUGUAAUCAUAGACUUGUUGAGCACCCCGGCACUCUCUAUCUGUUAUCUGAUGUCAUGGAUUUGCAA